ACAGCCAGGCCUAGUGUCAUCAGAACGACUUAGUGGCAGCCAUAGUCGUCGCUUUCUCUGCUCCCACCCAGCUCUGCGCUUGCCGCCGCCUCACGCCAUUCCAUAUCGCUCCAUUCCCACCGCUCUUCCGCCAAUCACGCGCGCGAACCCUCACUAUCUGUGCCCACGUCGCCGAAUCCGAUCUCACAUCUUCCGCACUUAGCUAAGCGCCAGGAUGAGCGGCAAGGCGGCGGUGCAGCGGGCGUUCAAGGCGAUCGACUGGGAGAAGCUGGCGCGCGUGGUGGUGAGCGAGGAGGGCAAACGCGAGAUGGCGGCGCUCAAGCGCGCGCACGACGAGGUGUCGCACACCUUAAACACCAAGUUCAACGAGAAGGUGGUGGAGAUCGACUGGGCGCUGUACCGCUCCAAGCUCAACCCCAAGAUCGUCGACAUGUUCGAGCAGUCGUACAAGAGCAUUGAGAUCCCGGACUACGUCGAUACGCUCACCCCCGAGUUUGAGAAGGAGCAUCAGCAGCUGGUGGCCAAAGCAGCGGAGGAGGAGGAGACAUCAAAGCGUGAGGCAGCCCGCCUUAAAGCCGAGAUAGAGAAGAUCCGUGCACAGAAGGAUGCACUAAAGACCAUGACAGUGGACGAAUAUUUGGCCAAGAACCCGAAGCUCAAGGAGAAGUUCGAUGAGGAGAUCCGCAACCACAACUGGGGCUAUGGAGCGAACCAGUAGUGUUGUCGAAGGAUGGGGGGCAACGACACCAGAUCCGCAUGGAUGGGCGUGUAUGAGUAAUUCUUUCAAGUUUUUUGUGUACGCAAAUUCUUAGUAUUACCAAAAUCACAAGCUCUUCAAACUUCCUUGUUUCAUUAAAUAUAUGAUGCAUCUAUGUGGAUAAUCCUUGUAACGUUUCGAUAAUCACUCUCAUUUUCCUCGC